AUGGAAAAUUUUGUAAGUGAAGUAAGAGGUACAAAAAGUACUAAGAUAUCCGAGUUACAAGCGAAUAAUCCCCAGUUACAGAAUAGGAAGAUGGUAUCAGAGAAACGUAGAGUUACUAGAUCUAUGAGGAAGCAGAUAGUAGAUAAUGAGGUACUUAAUUUAACAACAGAUAUAUUAAAUACUACACCAAGUACUAAGAAUAUACAUAAUAAUGAAUAUUUAAGUAGUACAAAUAUGAAGAAAAAGAAAAAAUUGACUAAGAUACAUGCAAAAAAUAAGAAAGGAAAUAUAGUAUCUAAUAAAACUUUGGAUAUAUUAAAUAAAGAUAAGAUGAAUUCUAAAUCUAUUAGUCAAGAAAUAGAUAAUGAAAUAACAUCUGUUACCUUUAUUAAUGAGAAUUCUCAAAGUACUAAAGUUAUAGGAUCAUCAAGAUUAGCAAAAAUUAGUUGGAGUAAAUUUGAUUCAUAUUUUCGUCUAAUUCCUAUUGGUAAGAACAAAGAGAAAAUAAUGAAUACAUUACCAAUAUCUAAUGUACAAAGAAAAAUAGCUUUAACUGAAAUAUCAUAUGUAGAAGAGCUAUUAAGAUCUGAAUUCCCUUGGGGUCCAAUAGGAGAAUCAUAUCCUUAUCUAACAUUAAAAAAACUUUCUUUACCACCAUUAUAUUUACCUAAUUGUAAUAUGGAAUAUAUUUUGGAUUUGAUAUCUAGAUAUAUAAUUAAGGGUAGGUCAAAUAAUAUAAAAUCUAAUUCAGAGAUUCUUAAACCUUGGAUUGUAUUAUUUAAGCUUCCUCAUUCUAUCUCUAUGGUAAUUUUUGAUUCUAAAUUACCAAUAGAACAAUUUAAACAAAUAGAAUCAGAAAAUUCCAUUAAAUUAGAAUCUUCUUUAAAUAUAUUAAAUUUAAAUUCUUCAGAUGAAUUAUUAGAAUUUGAUUCUAAUAAGAAUAUUACAGAAUUAUAUUCUAAUUGGGAUCUUCAUUGUUUUAUAGAAUUAUCAUAUUAUCAAUAUUAUUAUAUCUGCAAAUUUUUAGAAAAUGUAUAUUAUAAUUAUGAUUCAAUACAUAAAAGAAUCCUAUUUAGUAUGGUAAGGGAUAUAGAACAAUAUCCAAAAUAUAUUAAUGUAAAUGAUGUUAUUAAGAAAAAAUCAGAAGAAUUUCAAACAAUAGUAUCAAAUUAUUUAGGAUAUCCAAUAGAUUUAAACCAUUUUUUUACAUAUCCAGAAGUUCCAAAGUCUGAUAUUAUUGAUGUGGAUAAAAUUAAACAAGAAGUUAAAUUUAGUGUAUUUGAUAAUUUAAAUUCUAUAAACAGUACAGAUUUAUUGGUUGACAAUAUGUGGGAUUCUUAUCAUACUUAUGAUCCUAUAUAUUGGUGGAUUGAUUUUGUUUUAUCUCAGAAGAUUACUGAAACUUUUAAUGGAUGUAAAUAUAUUGGGGAUUCAAAUCAUAAGAUAGCUAUACGUCCUGAUUAUCAAACUUUAGCUGAAAUUCCUUGUUGUAUUUAUCUUGGAGGAUUAUGGUGGCUAGAUCCUACAAAUCCUUUAAAGUUAUAUUCAAAUAAAGAUGAAUCUUUAUAUGAUUCUAGUGAUAUAGAUGAUAAUAAAAAAGUAGAAUCAGUACCAUAUUGUAAUUUAUUACACCCUUAUACAAUGAGAAUAUUUGAACUUGAUGAAGAUUUUAACUUUGUUCAGGCAAAUUUAGAGAGAUUUGUUCCAAUAUAUAGUGAAAUUGUGGAAACUUUAGGAACUAUGAAAUAUAAUAUAGAAGAACAAAUUUCAAGAGAAAAUGACAAAAGUAUACCAAUUGCAAAUAUUCCAACUUUAUGUACAAAUAUUAUUCAACGAUAUAAAGUUGUAAAUUCUUGGUCAAAAUUAAGAAAUCAAAUAUGUCUAGGAUAUAAAGACUUAGAAGUUAAAAAUAUAUUAUCAAAUACAACUGUACAAUCUAAUACAAAAGUUGAUACAGAAGAAGAUAAGAAAGAUAUAACAAAUCUUACAUCAAUAAAAGUUUCUAAUAUAGAAGAUAAACCUAAUUUAACUUCUACAGAAUUAACCAAUAUUUGUUGUAUUUGUUUUGGUUCACAAACAGAUACAAUUUGUCCAUUUGUAGAAUGUGUACGUUGUGGGAUUGUUGUACAUGCUCCAUGUUAUUCUAUAAAUAUACCUUCACAUGAAUUAUUAGAUUUCUAUGGUUGGUUAUGUGAUCGUUGUGAAUUAGAAAAGAAGAGCUUAGGUACACAAUAUUUAAUAAAUUUUACUGCUGGUAAUAUUAAAUGUUCAUUAUGUUCUCAUAGAGGAGGUGCUUUUAAACGAACUACUAAUCCGGGUGAAUGGGUACAUAUAGUUUGUGUUAUUUGGCUUUUACCUUUAGUAACUUGUGAAGAUUGGUUGAAUUUAGAUUUAUGGAAUAUUUGGAGAAUUAAUAGGAGACCAAAACAGGAUCAAUAUAUUGAAGAAUUAUUACAAACAUUAAAGGUAGCAAAUUAUACAUGUAAUACUGAAGAUCAACUGAAUACUAUUAAUAAGGAUGAAAUAACCAAUAAUUUUAAAUGUAAUAGUAGCCAAUGCACAUUUUGUCAAAAUGAAGCAACAGCAAGCCUUAUUAAAUGUAGUUUCUCAUGCUGUAAAGUUUUUUAUCAUCCUAUAUGUGCAUGGUUGAAUGGAAUAUAUAUUUAUAUUGAUGAAGAACCCAACUAUAAUUCUGGUAGUUCUCUAUUAGAAUAUUUAUAUAAUAAGGAGAAUUUAUUAGAUACAUGUAUGAGGAUGAUUAAUAUACACUCUUAUUGUAUAGAACAUAGUCAAUAUUUAAGACCUGAGCGUGAUGUUACUCAUCAAUCAAAUUUACGUAAGAGGAGGUAUGUUAAUCGUGAUUUAUUUCCAGAUUUAUAUAGCAGUAAAUAUAGCCAAAAGAUAAGUAGAAAUUCACAAGGGACAGUACAACGUUCAAGAAAUAGACCUGUAACUCGUUCUAAUUCUUGGGAAUCAACAAUUCCAUUAGAAACAUCUACAAAUAAUAUAAAUGAUGGUACUUAUAGCAAAUCUGAAUAUUAUGCUACAGCAUUAAUUCCAGAUAAGUACAAUCCAAAUAUUUGUUCUGUGUGUUUAAAAUCUAACAUUAUAGAUUGUGGAAAUAUAACAUCUAAUUCAAAUGAAUAUUUAUCUUAUACUAUUUGUAUGGGUAAGGAUGAAAUUUUAGAUUUAGGUUUGAUUAGAUGCAAAUGUUGUGGAAUAACUGUACAUUGGACAUGUUAUGGACUAAAUUUAUUACCUAAAUCUUUUGUAUGUCAAAUUUGCAAAAUUGGACUUAGAUCAGAAAAUAUACCUUGUAUUUUAUGCCCAAGGAGAGGAGGCGCAUUAAAGAUUGCUCAAAUAUCUACUUAUAAAGAAAAUAUAAGUUCUUUUGAGGAAUGUAAAAGAUCUUUUGUACAUAUAACAUGUGCCUUGUAUACACCAGGAGUUUAUCCUAUAGAUAAUGAGAUAUUCACUGGAAUCUCAAAUUAUCAAGGAAUGGUAUCUCUAGUAAAACUUCAAAGAAAUGCUACAAUUAAGAAUAAGUCGUAUUUUGUUAGGAAAUUUAGUUAUGCUGAAGGAGUAGUACAACAAUUUCCAUUUAAAAUAUUAACACAAAAUAUUAUGAAUGAAACAAGCCAGAUAGAUAUUCCUGCUAUAUUUUGUUGUAUUUGUAAGAGUUGUUUUGGAGUGAUUAUAGCUUGUAGCUAUGCAGGAUGUAACCGUAUGGCCCAUGCUUUAUGUCUUAAUCUUCACGGUUGUUUAGUUGAAACUAUAGCUGAUGUUUCUAAUAUAUCUUCAAAGUCUUAUGGAAAUCUUGAUAUCCCAAAUAAUUCAUCUGGGGUAUUAUAUAUUCCUCCUGGGUCACCUCCUCCAUUUGUAAAUAAUGAACAAGUUAUAUUUAAAUCUGGAGAAAUAUCACAACAUAAUUUACAAUAUUCAGCUCUAACAGAAUUUUCCCAAAGAGUAUAUUGCCCUGAACAUGGUCUAAAUUUAGCUAGGCUUAACCCAGGUGGUAAAUUACUACUUUCAGUACAUUCUUCUUUAAGUAUAGCUCUUGAUGUUAUUGAAAAAUUACAAAGAUGUGAAAAAAUUAAAAGGACUCUUUAUCAUGGACAAAUUGAAAUAUUAAGUAAAGGAUUUCCUUUAAUAUCUCCAGAUAUGACCCAAUCUAUCGAUAUUUUACAAGCUUAUUGGAAUCACUUUAGUAAUAAGAAUUUAUUGCAAUCAGUUAAAAUUAAAGAUGGAGUUAUUUCAAAAUUUAAAGAUUUAGGUAAAUAUAACCCUAAAAAAAUACAAACUAAAUCUUAUAAGAAAUAUAUACCAGUAGGAACGCCUAAGAGAACUAGAUCAUCUGGAGAAGUUAUUUCCGUACCUUCUUUAGAGGAUGCAAUUAAAGAAGCAAGAAAACAACGACAAAUUUAUAAACAAGAACUUGCAGCAGCAGGAAUUGUUAUUCGCAAAAGAUUACCACCUAAUAGAACUCCUACUAUACCUUUCACAAGACUUAGUGAAGAACAACUUAGAGAAGCUGCAAUUAAUUGUUUAAAUUCAAUUGGGCGUAAUCACACUAAAAUAGGAAUGGAGAGAUCUUUAGAAAUCCCUUAUAAUUCUCAAUUCACUUCAGAGAUAUCUAAAAUUUCAAAUAUAUCCCCACCAAAUACAUAUGAGACUUCAAAUAUAAAUAAGUCUAUUGAAAAUAAUUCUAUUAAUAUAUAUCAUUCACAUAAUAAAUCAGAUAAAUGUACUACAAAUAAUGAACUAAAUAUAGAACAAAGUCAAUCAAUAGAAAGUACACAGGACAUAUCCCAAACAGAUCAUCAAAUUUAUACUGCUCAAAACUUACAAUCUAAUGUUUAUUCAACCAAUUUACAAGUAUCUCGUCCAUUUUGCCUUCGACAACACCGUCAUGAUUGCUUUAGACGACGUAUUGCAGAAUUCAUUUUGAAUCCACCAGUAAUUAUGGAUCAUAGAAAGAAAAUGAUCAGAAACUUUACUAGACAAUUACGCCAGUAUGGUGUAACAGCCGAAGAAAUGUUAGUUAGUGAUGUUGCUCUACCAGUCAUCAAAUCAAAGCCUAAUAUGGCUUUAAAUGAAAUAAGUAAACCUAUUAUUAAUAUAAAUCAACAAACAAUUCAAAAUAACAUUGAUCAUAAACAGAUCACUGAUAAUUUGCCUAUUACAGAUAUUACAAAUCAAUAUCCUAUUAAUAGAUAA